AUGGCUACAACUGCAAGUUCUGCUCAGCACUAUAUUGAGUGUGAAAACUGUGAGGAAAAUCCGUCAAAGUUUUUGUGCAGAACUUGUUCUGGUCAUCUGUGUGAAAUAUGCAAGACAGACCACGAGAUGAGAAAACUCACCAGACAUCACGAGAUAACAGAACUGACUUUAGAUAAAGAAUAUACAGCAGAACGUCUACAUUGUUUUGUCCACAUCACAAAAAAGCUAGAAUGUUAUUGCUCUCCCUGCCAACAGCCAAUAUGUACUCAAUGUCUAAUUGAAACACAUAAUGGUCAUAAAGUAGAGAAUCUGGAAGAAAUGCACAUGAAGAUUAGGCGAGAUCUUCAAAUGGAGAAGGAGGAAAUAGAAACAGUACUAAUGCCAAAAUAUCAGGAAUUGUUGUGGAAGGAAGAAGCCAAGACUUCUGAUUCAUCACAUAGAACAGACCAAGUUCAGAAGCAAAUUAAAGAUCACACAGAAAAGAUAAUAACAAGAGUUAUAUUGCUCCAAGAAGAAAGGGUACGCAAUUUACGAAAAGAGGAAGAAAAAGUGCUGAAAUCAAUUCAGGAUUCAAAAGAUGUCAUAGAAAAAGGAAUUCAGCAGCUAACAAUAAUGCAGACGCAAAUAACAAGCAAUUUGGAAGAAAGACAAGGGAUUAAAGUUUUUAUACCUGUCGAUCGCACGACAUUAAAUGAACCUAGAAAAUUUCAAAGUAAUAUUGCGUACAAAAUUGAGGACUUUCAAGCUGGUGAUAUAAAAAGAAUUGUAGACGAAAGAAGAAUUGGAGAUUUUCACAUUUUUCUUCCUCACUAUUAG